CUUGUGGUAGCUGCUAGCUAGCUAACGUCACUUCAGUUAAAGUUUGCGAAAUGUUGAAGUGGCCGUGUGUCUGUGCCACACCUCCAAAGAUACUGCAGAGGAGUCAUGUGAAGCUUAGUUUUAGGUCUUGGUGAGGAGCAGGAAGAGACUGCUGACAGUAACAAUGCUGAAGGCUGUGAUUUUGGACAUGAUACCUCUCCUAACUCUCUUUCUGGGCUCUUUGCAUGUGAUCGCUUCUAAGUCACUUUUCUCCAGACACGCUGUUUUAAGUCACUCCAACGUGAACAUCAGUUAUGAAACCUUUUAUUUUGAGCAGAAGAUUGAUCAUUUUGGCUUCCUGGUGGAUGGCACCUUCAAACAAAGGUAUCUUGUGGCUGACAAACACUGGCAUCAACAAGGAGGUCCAAUUUUGUUCUACACCGGCAAUGAAGGAGAUAUCACCUGGUUCUGUAACAACACUGGCUUCAUGUGGGAAAUUGCAGAAGAACUGGGUGCCAUGCUAGUUUUUGCAGAGCAUCGUUACUAUGGAGAGUCACUGCCGUUUGGACAGGAAUCUUACAGUGAUACCAAACAUCUGAACUACCUGACCUCAGAACAGGCCUUGGCAGAUUUCGCAGUAUUGAUUGUGAAUCUGAAAAGUACAGUACCUGGAGCUCAGCAGAGUCCUGUCAUCGCUGUUGGAGGAUCGUAUGGAGGGAUGCUGGCUGCCUGGUUUAGGAUGAAAUACCCCAAUAUAGUUGUUGGAGCGCUCGCAUCCUCUGCACCAAUAUGGCAGUUCCCAGACAUGGUGAAGUGUGGUGAUUUCUUCAAAAUAGUAACACAGGACUUUUCCAGAAGUGGCCGUUACUGUGACGCAAACAUCAGAAGGUCAUGGAAGGCCAUCGAUAACAUUUCUUCCUCUGUGGCUGGUCUUCAGUGGCUGACAGAACAAUUCAGCUUGUGCACACCUCUUAAAGGCAAGAAUGCUGUUGGCAAGUUCAAAAACUGGCUUCAGGAGACAUGGGUGAACCUGGCCAUGGUGGACUACCCCUAUGAAGCAAGCUUUCUGCAACCCCUUCCUCAGUGGCCAAUCAAGGUGGUGUGCAAGUAUCUUGGUUUUGAUUCCACUGUGUCUGACUACCAGCUGCUUCUCGGCGUCUCCCAGGCAGCAAAGGUCUACUACAACUACACCGGGACCACCUCCUGUCUCAAUAUAUCUCAGACAGCAACCGGAAGCCUCGGCUUCAUCGGCUGGGCUUUUCAGGCUUGCACAGAGAUGGUGAUGCCUGUGUGCACUGAUGGCAUCCAGGACAUGUUUGAACCUGAAAAGUGGGACUUUCAGGCCUUUUCAGAUGAAUGUCAUGCAGCAUUUGGUGUCAGGCCUCGUGCUGACUGGGCUCGCACAGUCUAUGGGGGAAAGGACAUCACCUCUCAUAGCAACAUCAUCUUCAGUAAUGGAGGACUGGACCCUUGGUCAGCUGGUGGAGUGACAUCCAACAUAACCAGUUCUUUGGUGUACAUUAUGAUCCCUGAGGGAGCCCACCACCUGGACCUGCGCUACAGUAAUGACUACGACCCCCCAUCAGUCCGCGCAGCCCGCGCUUUGGAGGUGAAGCACUUUAAGGAGUGGAUCAUUGAGGCUAAAAAAGCAGCACAUAUCGCACAUACUCGUAGUGUCUAAAUGCAGCAAAGCCAUUAACUACCAGGGAUAUCUGUGAUACCUCACAUCAUCUUUAAUUUGUGUGAUAUAGUCUUUCAUGUGGUGCUUUCAGUCAUUUUAUCAAAGUUUGUUCCUUUUUAAAUCACUUUUAUGAUUUUUUUCUUGAAAGAAUGACUUUUUAAACAUUGUUCAUUUUUAUAAUCAGAUGUGAUAUUGUUAAUUAUUUAGCUAUGUGCAGUGAUGGGCAGUCACUUUAUGGUAUAAUGGGACACUUGGCAUGGAUGAACUUCACUUUGUUUAAAAAUGCAAAAUAAGAUUUCCAAAAUGGCUCAGAUUUACUGCUAUACCAAUCUAACAGUGUGAAUUCCCUGAAACAGACCCAAAGUAAUUCCACACAGUUGGGUCAAAGAGUGUUGCAUAGGUAAAACCGAUGUACUAUUUAAAACAAACAAACAAAAACAACAAAAAAACAUGGCUACAGUUUAAAGAAAAGCUAAUUGAUUUCAAAGAGUAGCUGCAAAUAAAGAAA